AUGGUGCCAGCAAAGUGGUCCUCCUCGGUGCCGGCGCCCUUGGCUCCAAGCCAGCAGAAGAGUCGAGCCCUGCGACGGAGACGGCCCUCCGAGAUAGAAAAAGAGCUGACGGACAUCCGGCGCCAGCUGCGCAACGCCGGCAAGCGGUUGAGGGCAGCCGCUCUUGUGCAGCAACCGGAUGUGGCAGCAGACUUUGCGCAGGGCUGGGGCAGGCGUGGGUGUGGGGCUGCUGCCCACGCGCAGCAGGCGCGUGAACAUUUGGUUGCAGAAGUUGAGUGGGCGUACAUUCGCGCGCCGCUGGCUUUCAUUGUGCAGUUGGAAACCAACCCGCUGGAGGCUUGCCCAAUGAACGACGUUCUUUGCGCAUCUCGGUAUGUGGUGCAGCACGAGCUUUUCCAAUGGGUGGAGCGCCAAAACGUGGAGCAGGGUGUUGCUCCUUCGCGGCGGCAACUUGUGGAGCACGCCUUGAGUAGCGUCCCUCACACAGUGCCUGAGGAAGUGCGGCGGCUGGUGUCUGCUGUUCUGACUGGCUCACCGCGCAGUCAGCGCCGAUGGCUGGCCAAGUUUCGGCAGCGCUGGGGCGCCCGCUUGGGCAAAUUAAAGCUUCAGCCUUGCGUGUCAAUUGACGCCAUGCAGAGGAAGGCUUGGGCGUGGCGCCGCUUUCAGGCCCUUGGUUGGCAGGCGAUGGCUUACUUCCAGUGGGUGAACGAAGCCUUGACAGCAGCGCCGACUGGGAGGUCGCCGUUGGUGAUUAACAUGGAUGAGACUGCUGUGGUCCGGCAUGUUUCCGGGCUUGUCGGAACUGUUGUCAGACACCCACGGGCGACAAGAUGCCCGAAAGAUGAGGCCACCUUGUCUGACGUGCGAAGCUACAUUUCUUAUUUCGCUAGCAUCACUCAUGACAGGGCUGUGCAGCCCAUGCUGCCCCAGGUGUUGGUCGGAAAUGAGCACCAGUUCCCAGUCAAACUCUUAGAAGGCUUGCGGCCGCUUCCACACGGUGUCCACAUGUGGCGCUGCAAGUCGGCGUGGAACAAUCAUGCGACAAUGCGCCGUUACAUUUCCCUUUUGGCGAAGAGUCUUGGAGAUCUCGUCCAGCAGCGGUAUGUUAUCCUCUUGCUGGAUGUGCACCGCUCACACAUAGACGUGUCGAUCUUCAAGCAUGCUCUCCGCUGUGGUGUGAGAUUGGUCUAUGUGCCAGCUUCCAUGACGGGGGUGCUGCAGCCUUGCGACACACACCUCUUCUCGAGGUUCAAAGCAGCGUUUGCAGACAUGUGGCGGAGGCAGAAGGCGGAGUGUGUGGCAGGAGUCGUUACCACAAAUGAUUGGGUUAGAGUGAUUUGGAGAGCUGUGGAGGAAGUUGUGAUGCGCGGUGAUUGGCAGCAGGCCUUCGAAUCAGCUGGCGUUCUCAGGCGCCAACAACGUCUGGCUGGCAAUUUGCGUGAGAAGCUGGGUUGGGCGGAGCUGCCUGAGGUGCCUGCCGGCCCACCCGCUGUAGAUUUGGCAAGAGAGAUUUUCCCUCGGAGAAUGCGGCUGGACGUGUUGUCCUAUGUGCUGUGGAAGCCAAAGUGCCAGCGGAGCAGGGAGUCCGCAGAAUGUUCAGGGUUCCGCAGUUUGUCAGUGUCUGCGGAGGCCUUGCUCCACGAGGAAAUGGAAGCGCUGAAGAGACGCCGUGGUGAGUUGAAGAGGCAGUGUCGCCAAGCGGCCAGGGACAGUAAGGUGCUGGCGAAGAAGAGACAGCGGCUGCUGCAGGCUGCGAAAAACUUGAGCGCAGAGGACUUGCAGCUGUUGCUGCGCGCGGCGGAGCAAGGCCGGCUUGUUUGGGCUGACUUCUGGCGGCGCUCGUGUAGCCAGGCCCCGAAGGUGGCGAAGGCGAAGGAGGUGAUGGCGCUGCAGGCGGGCUGGGGAGUGCCAUGUGCUGUAAAGUUGCUGCGAUGUGGCCAGGCGCUCCCGCGCCCAGAGCUGGGGAGAGAGGUGUGGAGGAUGCUGGCGCAGGGGCUGGAGGCUCACGAGUUGCACUUGCUUCGAGCUGACCAGACAG